AUGAAGUGCGAAAAGAAAGCUUCCUUUUUGACGCUCAGCGGAGGAUCGCUCAGCGAAUUUCAAAAGUGCAUCAUUGGGUUUACAGUAACCGUGAUCAGAUUUAAACGACGACCAACUAUAAAGCCGAUUCUUCCGAAAGGUUAUGAGCCCGUUGAAGGUUUUCAAUAUGAAUGGACAGUACUUUAUCUGAUGCGUGGGAUGGCCUUAGGAUUGGAUGUGCGCAUGAUUGACAAAAAGAUAUAUGUGGCGAACUUGAUGCCAGAUAGUAUAGCUGCUAUGUCAUUACUCAUUGGAGAGUGUAUUAUAGACGUGGAUGGAGAACUAGUUACAUCUAUACCCCAGAUGACUUCUUCUAUGGUAAAAUCGAUGGAUAAAAACGGUCAGGUACGGCUCCUUGUGGAGUCACCAGGAAAUGACAUGCUUCGUAAUAUGCUUCGGCAAAAAAUUGCUGCAGCUGUAGGACCAUCGGAGCUAAAAGACCUUCCACUUCCGCCAGAGACAAAACCGUGGUGUGAAAAAGGGAUCGCUGCUCUGAAGGAAAAGGACCCAAAGCCAGUCUAUCGAGAACCCAAGCCGGACAAGAAGAAAGUCAGUACUAUUUCGACUGUGAAGAAACGAAGCACACAUUUCAAUGAGAAAACCGUUGAACACGAAUACUACGAGGAUUUGCAAACUAGUCUUAUCGUUAAGGUUCCUCCUCCACGGACAUCAUCGGAUAACCAACCCACGUGA